UCAUGAUAAAAAUAAAUGCUUCCAGUUAAUCCAUUGAACGAAGAAUGCUAGCAGCUAUCUAUAUUUAACUAGAAUCAUUUAAAAGUAUUUAAUUAUUCUAAUAUAAAUAGAAUUAUAUCUAGCAAGAUUUUUGAUGAAUUCUUAAUUGAGCCAAAAGAUUCAAAAUUAGCAGCAAAAUAUCCAAAAGUUCAAUCACUUUCAAUCACAUAUUAAGAAUAAUAUAAAACUUUGUAUCCAAAUUUUUUUCAAGAAUUUUAAUGAUUAAUUUUAUAUAUAGUUUAAUCUAUAAAAAAAACCAAAAACUAAUAUCAAAAAAUUUAGCUAAUCUAUUUGGUAACGUUUUAUUUGA